CACGCAUGAUCCAUCCAUGUCGAUCGCAAGAUUCAGCUGUACUACUCACCUAGCCACCCUACACACGCUCGGAGCAACGCGGCAGAUAACCAGACGCCUUCUCGCCAAGAUGAGCCAGGGGCAGCAGAGGAGGCCGUCGUCCGAUCAAGCCCAGGCGGGCGGCGGCGGGCAGGGCCAGGGACAGGGAGGAGGCGCCGUCCGCUACGGCGACGUGUUCCCGGCCGUGACCGGCGGCCUCGCGGAGAAGCCCGUGGCGCCGCAGGACGCGGCCACGAUGCAGUCGGCCGAGAACCUCGUGUUCGGGGAGACGAUCAAGGGCGGGCCGGCGGCAGCCAUGCAGUCCGCGGCCAUGCGCAACGAGCGCAUGGGCGUCGUCGGCCACGACCAGGCCACGGACGCCACCACCGAGCAGGGCGUCUCCGUGUCCGAGACCCGCAUCCCCGGCGGGCGCAUCGUCACCGAGUUCGUCGCCGGGCAGGCCGUCGGCCAGUACCUCGCGCCGGAUGAUGCCGCCGAUGCAGGCGGAGCCGGUGGCGACGACACGAAGAUAACGAUCGGCGAGGCGCUGGAGGCGGCAGGUUACGCGGCAGGAGGCAGGCCGGUGGAGCGCAGCGACGCGGCGGCCAUCCAGGCGGCCGAAGUGCGAGCCACCGGGCUGGACGUCAAUAUCCCCGGGGGCCUGGCCGCGCAGGCGCAGUCGGCCGCCGACGCCAACGCCUGGGCCGCGCGCGACGAUGAGAAGGCCAAGCUCGGCGACGUGCUCUCGAAUGCGACGGCAAAGCUGGUCGCGGACAAGGAGGUGGAGGCCGACGACGCGGCGAGGGUGGCCUCGGCGGAGACCCGAAACAAGGACGACAAGACGGUGAGGCCGGGAGGGAUAGCAGCGUCCGUGGCUGCGGCGGCGCGGCUCAACAAGCAGGGCGCAUAGGCAGGCCUCUGCCUUGCGCGUACGUACGCGGCGUGUGCCAGUGGUUUGCGGGUGCAGGCCGCCGGCUGCUUGAGUUUAGCGUGCCCUUUUGCUUGAAGCGUCACUCUCCUUCGUACCAGCGUCUAGUUCUCGUACUUCUAGCUUUACCCGCGUCUUAGUUUCCGUAGUUCUAGUGCUUUUAGCUUAGUUGAAGUGUUCUUGUGCUUCUAGCUUGGUUGAAGUCGAGUCUUAAAACUUUUUGUAAAAAUGUAUAAUUCCACUGCUAUCUCAAGUCUUAAACUUCUUGUAAAAA